AUGCCAAAGUCGAGGGGCACCACAGCCACCAGCAAAGCGGCAGCGACAGCGGCGGCGGGAACGGCAGCGGCCGAACCGCAGCCCACGCUGGCCGCCGAGCUGGCCGCCGCCGAGGCCGACAACUCGACCCACCCGGACGACUCCAGCAUUCACACCCACACCGACGACGAAAGCGACUUCCAGGAUGCAGCGGACGGAACCACGCCGUCCUUGAGCGAAGCCGACGAGCCCCGGGACGAUUCCGAGACCGCUGCAGCGGACAGCACCGCCACAGAGCGGGCAUCGGCCCCUGCCGAUCCCGCAACAGUCACGGCGACAGACGAACUCGACGAUGCGUCCACGCCCAUGCCAACAGCCACAGAGUUUCCGUCCAAUAUCGCCGAUCUUUCAUCUGGCAACGGCAGCUCUGAAGCGUCUGCUCCGGUUCCCUCGACAGACGCAGCUGAUGCCGGAGAAGGCCCGUCGACCAACGAUACCGUGUCCGAAAGGUCGAAGAGUGUCGGCAAGCCACUCUCUCCUUCGCUCGACGCAGCUCCAUCCAGCUCGCCCAAGCCGACCGUUGCAAAAGGCAUCGCCGCACUCAAGGACCGGUUUGAAAGCACCGCGGCCAAAGACAGCUCGUCGCCAAAACCGCCCGUCAGGACGACGUCUCGUCCAGACUCGGACCAGCAGUCGUCGGACGGGGCAAAGGAUGCGACUUCCCUGCCUCUGAGCGCCUCGACCAUCACCAUCACCGACAGCCGCCAGGAGUCCCUGGCAGGAGACGUUGAGCCCAUUUCGUCCGCGGACGUUAAGCAAGGCGAGGGCAGUGAACUGAUCCUGGACGAGGAAAGCGCCAGGCAGACCCUCGGCGAGCAAGUCGAAAAGAUUCCGCCAUCGCAGGGAGCCACGUCUCUGCUGGAACCGGACGAGACCAUCUCGAAUCCGUUCGCCACCGACAAGGAGAGCCCACGGGCAUCGACGGCUGCUGCGGAGGCGGACCCCCAGCGCUUCUCAUCAGCGGACUCGGUGAUCCGGAGCCGCAGUCGAGAGCCCUCGACCGCGCGGGAUGUCCACGACCCGUCGCCCGACACGCCGAGCAUGAACUCGAACCACUUCUCCGUCGUCAGCCUCGGCAGCACCACGGCAUCUGUGGCCAACGGCGCCGUCGCGGCUUCGGACGCAUGGGGUGGAACCAAUGAUGCCAAGCGAGCUACGGUGAUGAUGAGCACGGGGGACGCGGCCGGCGGAGGCAGCGGAGGCGGCGGAGGCGAGCGGACCACGGGCAACUACGACUUCCUACUCGCCCGGCUCGAAACCCAGAACGCAAAGCUGACGACGGACCCGAAGGCGAUGCGCAACAGCAUGGACGGCGCGGACAAGCUGCGGGAGAACUUUGAGAAGCUCAGGGAGAAGGACCAGGCGCGGCAUUCCCGAGGCGAGAGCCAGAACCGUGCGCUCAACGGAGUGCCGAUCGCCACUGCGCCCGAGGAGGCAGCGGAGCCUGGUGGCCAGCCGGUCGAAGGCCAUGAGGCCGGCCUCCAUUGGGAGGGUCCACCGGGCGAGGAGCUGGAGGACGAGGCGAUCAACUGGGAGUUCUGGGGAAACGUCAUGAGCAACUAUCAGCAAGUUGCCCGGACGCAGCCGCGAGAGCUGAGCCGGGCGAUCCAGGCGGGGAUACCGGCCGCGCUCCGCGGCAUGAUGUGGCAGCUCAUGAGCAGCAGCAAGGACGAAGAGAUGGAGAUCAUCUACGCUUACUACCUGAAGCAGUCGAGCCCCCAUGAGAAGGCGAUUCGACGGGAUUUGAACCGGACCUUCCCCGAGCAAGACUACUUCCAGGACGGCAAGGGCAUUGGGCAGGAGAACCUCUUCAACGUCGUCAAGGCCUACUCGCUCUACGACCCCGAGGUGGGCUACUGCCAGGGCAUGCAGUUUGUCGUCGGCCCCUUGCUGCUCAAUAUGCCAGACGAGGAGGCCUUCAGCACCUUGGUUAGGCUGAUGAAGUCCUACGACCUUCGCGGCCACUUUACGCCGAACAUGCCAUCAUUGCAGCUGCGGCUAUUCCAAUUCGACCGCCUGCUGGAAGAGUUCCUUCCGCUGCUGCACAUGCACCUCGUCCGGCAAGGCGUCAAGAGCAGCAUGUACGCAAGUCAGUGGUUCAUGACGCUCUUCUCGUACCGCUUCCCGCUCGAGCUCGUUUAUCGCAUUCUGGACUCGGUGUUUGCCGAGGGCGUCGAGGCUCUCUUCCGCUUCGCGCUGGCGCUUAUGAAGCGCAACGAGGAGGAGCUCCUCAAGCUCAACUUCGACAGCGCCGUUUCGUUCCUCAAGCAGUCGCUCUUUGACGUCUACCUCAAGUCCGACGAGGCGGCACCCGAGAUGGCGGCGUCCGGUGACGCCCCGGCCGCCUCCGACGCCCCCUCGGCAGAGCAAGGCGACGCCCCGAAGCGCAAGAAGGUGUACAACACCAACGAGUUUGUGCGCGAUGCGUUUCAGAUCAAGAUUACGCCGUUCAUGCUGGACAGCUACGCGUCCGAGUUUGACGAGCAGGUGCGCGCGGCCAAUGCGCACCGGCGUGAGGUCGAGGCGCUGCGCCUCGUCAACCGCAAUCUGGCGGCGCGGGUCAAGGCGCUCGAGGACCAGCUCAACUCGGUCAACAAGGAGCACGUCGACCUGGUCAAGAGCGUCGUCAUGGCCAAGAUUGCAAAGGAAGAGAUGGCCGAGGAGCUGGUCAAGUACAAGAUGAUGUAUGCCGAGGUGGUGACCCAGGCGGAUCAGGACAGUAGCCAGCGCGGGUCGAUAGGCUUCCAGAACGCCACGCGGUCGUCGAGCUAG